CAAUCAGCUGCAGAGCACUUUCGGCCCUAAAAAAAAACAAAAUUCAGAGGCCUCUGCUUCCCUUAUAUUCUUCUCUCAACCUCCUCUCUGUCCUCACAAUUUCUCUUCAUUCCAGCUUUUCUGUUGAAGACAUGACGAGUUCCGGCCAGAAAUACGGUAGGGCGGCGGAGAGAUCCAAUUUCGUCAACCAAUUGAGUCAGUACCUGAAGGAGAAGAGGAACAAUGGAGAUCUUGCUAAAGGUCCGCCGGCGAUGAUGAAUCUGUUGUCUAAUAUGGAAAAUUCCACUGGCAAUUUGAGACCGGCCGCCGCUGCGUCGGCGUCCGUUGUCCAACCUUCCGAUUUUUGGUCCAAGUUUCCCGGUUCUGCCGAAGAAGCUGCUAACAAGAAUGAUUUCAGGAAGCCGGACAUGGCGGAGGGGUUAAAAGCUGCGCCACUGACCAUAUUUUUCGCCGGACAAGUGUUCGUAUUCAACGACUUUCCGGCUGACAAGGUGAAGGAGAUCAUGGCCUUGGCCAAGCAACGAUGCUCCGGUAUUUCCACCGGUUUUGUCUCCGAUUCCCAAGCCACCGUUGAGAAAUUGAAUCCUCCUAGCAAUUCCGAGACUCACAUUCCUGACCUGAACAUAGCCUCCACCUCCGGAAGCAGUCGGGUAGCCGAACAACAUUCCGUUGACCGGGCUCAAGCCAUCAGUUCCGGUUUGCAGCUAGGAAGAAGGAAUUCGGUUCUUGGUCAGAAAACGGAAAUCUCGCUUCACAGAUUUUUUAAGAAGAGGAGAGAAAGGUUCAUGGCAAGAGCACCAUACCAAAUUCAGAACCCUCAGAGAUCCCCUUCGACACCAGAUGAUAGAAAUUUAUCGCCAGAAGAAGGUCAAACAUCAAAAGAAGGAUUAAAAGACCUCGAUCUUAAGUUAUAGUUAGAAACACUUGGAUUCUAACUAAGAUUGGAUAUUGUGAAGGAACACAAGAUGCAACAUGAAUCACUUACUUUUGACGAAAUUAUUGUUAUACCAAAACUAAUCUUGGUCUUAGACAUUUUAUACAGACAUGUAUCUAUUUGAAUUUAAGGAAUCCUGAUUCUCUCAUGCUAGUUUGAUGUAUUUGUAUUUGGAUGGUAGAUAGUUGAUUUACUUGGAUUGUUAAGAAGCAAAGAGUAGAUUUUGAGAUCUUGAUUUGUAAUGAGUUUUCGCUUUGAAGGUUGGAUGCUUGAGAAAAUGUUGUAUGAGGAAUUUCAUGUAACAUGAGAAAAAAAAAAAAUAGAAAUCAAUUUGAUUA